UUUGUGUACCCAUAAUUCAAAUUGUGCCUACUAGCGAUGGUGACGCCCACGUCCAGGCGCUCGUCUAUCAGCUCCGUCACCUCGUCGGGACGGCGACGCAAGGACCAAUCUCUGCUGGACAUCGCUUCGUCGCUUGGACAGCGCACACCCGACCGCUCACAGACCAGCGACGACGGCGUGUCUACGCGCUCGAGGCAGCUGGACUUUGGUAAUGUCGACAAUGGCAACGUGAACGAUGAGCAGGGAGAACAGGACAAAACUGGCGGUACUGAAGGUGGUGGAGAGGUGCAGGAAGUGCAUGAGGAACAGUAUGAUGAAAAUGGAGUAGAAGAGGAGAACCAAGUCCGAGAGAUUAUUGCUACGGCUCGGCCUCGUCCUAGAAGGGGACGCCGCGGGACGAUGUUCUGGAGUGCUGAGGAGGAGACAUUUCUGCGUCGUGGAGUGGAGAAGUAUGGCAUUGGCAAGUGGAAGAAGAUUUUAAUCGAUGGCAAAGAUGUGUUCUCGAGUCACCGGACCAAUGUGGAUCUCAAGGACAAGUGGAAGAAUUUGUGCAGGAAUUCAAGCCGAAAGCGACGGAGAACACCGGACACUGCGAAUCAACCUGAGGAGGAACGAGAACCAAGAGAGAUUCGUGAAAAUGUAUCACCGGAACAAAGACCUCGACAUCCAGCUACUGCGAAGACUAAGAAGAGGGCUGCGAAAAAGACGGCCAAUGUAGAAAAUGAUGAAGACGAAGCUGCCAACGUUGCUGUGAACGAUUCUGAACAAUUGGGACUUGUGACACUAAAGUUUGCUACUGAAACAUCUCCUGAGGUAAGGCUAUGACGGUUGCAACAGGGGUGGUUGGCAUAUCGAAUAAUCUCUGAUGGGUUUCUAUUAAUUGUUGCAGCUCGUUGAAGUCUGCGUGAACUUGGACACGUGCAAGACUGUUGCAUCUCUUAAAGAGCAGUUGAGGGCAAGUCUCUUGUCAGACGCUUCAUCCGAUGCGGACAUCCAAGUGAUUGGCCUCAAGUCUCGAGUCCUGUUUGAAGACAAAGAACAAAUAUCGCGCUGCAUCGGCACAAACGGUGCAGAUUUCUUUCUUGUGUUUGAAGAACACCCGGAAGAAUUUGUGUAAACAUGAAAUGGAGCUGACAUUAACCAUACAAUAAACAUCAACAUUUCCUGCUCCGCUCAAGAA